GGGAGAACAAAGUGAACUCGGCGACCCAAGAGAAAAUCAAAUCGGAAAAGAAAAGUAAUGGCAAGACGAGGACGCCGUCGGGGAGGUGGGAAGCGGCUGCGCAAAGCAUGCUAUCCGCGUCUCCUCCCACCACGCCACGCCUUCUUCUACCACCCACCUCCACAUCUUCUCCCUCCACGGCCACACACCGCCCUCUCUCUCUCUCCCCCGUUGCCGAAUCCCGCGCGUCAUAGCUUAUCCUCUGCGCGUUCCAGCUAAAAACAGCAGCGCGUCGAGGAGUUUUGCUAAGCGAGCGCGUGGCGGUCGGUCCGUGAGAGAUAGGAUUAAGACACGAUGUGCGGCACGGCGGCCGUGGCGGCCCCGCGGUACAGGGGAGUACGGAAGCGGCCGUGGGGCCGGUUCGCGGCGGAGAUCCGCGACCCGGCGAAGCGCGCGCGCGUCUGGCUCGGCACCUACGACUCCGCCGAGGCCGCGGCGCGCGCGUACGACGUCGCCGCGCGGAACCUGCGCGGGCCGCUCGCCAGGACCAACUUCCCCAUCUCCACCCUCACGCUCACUUCCCACCUCAGCGGCCUCGUCGCAACGGCGCCGUCUCCGGCUCUGGCUCCGGCCGCCCCCACGUGCAGCAGCAGCUCCACCGUCGAGUCAUCUAGUGCCCCCCGCGGGCCCAGGGCGGCGGCACGGACGACGGCAGUGCCCCGCAGGCGGGCGGUGCCGCGCCCCCCGCGGCCGGCGGCACCCGUCGCAGACUGCCACAGCGACUGCGCCUCAUCGGCCUCCGUCGUGGAUGACGGCGACGACGCCUCCACGGUCCGGUCGCGCGCCCCGUUCGACCUCAACCUCCCGCCGCCGCUGGACGGGGAGCACCAACCGUGCACGGACCUACGGCUCUGAAUGAUCGGAUCCACGAUCAUCAACAGCAAAAGGAGAAGGCGAUUUUACUUUGGUCUUCUGUUCUUGACCAGAUGCUUGACUUCUUGUGCUCAAGAGAGCCUGUACCACUCACUAUUCUGUACGCGAUAAGAAUGACAAUAGAUGGGAUGGAUGAUUUGCGCAAAGCCGUGCGUGCAGCUUCAGGUCAGAUCCACGAAAGUUUUCUUUUUUCUGGCAUCUUGUACUUGCAUCGGCUGCGAUCUUCCUGCCAUUCUGUAUGUACACCAUAGAGCAUCUGAAGCUCUCGAACCAGGGUAGUGUUUGGUUGGGGCUAUUGUCACGCGAUUUGAUUACAGUGGGUAGCAUGUCCCAUUUUUUCCUGUUUGUUUCAGUCAUCUCUGUAAUCAAUUCCUCGUAAUCGGGUAGAGCACUAAAGAAAUUUGAUACCGUUUCCACGCGAGCA